AUGGCUUUGGACUCCACUCGCGCCAUCAUCGCUCUGUGGCGCCUCUGUGUUCCCGCAGGCCUUGGGCCACAGGUCGGUGGUGAUGGAGCUAUCCCAGUAGACGUUCUCAAGGUGGUACUGGAGCGGGAGCUGCAGGGACACCUGGGUGACUUUGGUCAUAGCUCCGUCGAUGAGAUCCUGCAAACCUACAUGCAGCCAGACUCUGAGGGUGUUGUAGGUUUUCUCCAGUUCUGGAAGGGCAUGGAGGAGAUCCUCCGUGCUCGGGGAGCGCUGCGCAGCACUCUAUCGCGGGCGCAGGGCGAGGUGAGGGACGUGUGUUUCUCAGGCGGCCUCGCAGACCUGAACGAACUGGUGGAGAAGUGGCUCGGAUGCCCAGGCGAGUGGAGAAUGAACAACGUGGCGAAUUGGCCACUGUCUGAGGAAGCCCUUCAGCGACCCACAAGUGCUGCUUGCCCGAUGGUGGUGAAUGUUGUGAAUCGGACGGAAAAGGUCAAGAGGGAUGUCGACUCCUUGCAGGAUCGGCUCAAAGACCUUGAGGACAAAGUGAACUCGCUGGUUCAACAAAAGACUGCAGACCAGCAGCAGCUUUCUGGGCGCCUGGAUAAGCUUACAAUGAUUGAGGAGUAUUGGGACCUGAUGACCGCAGACACCGAUUCUGCAGAACGUGUGCCACAGGUCCGAUCUGGCCGGAGCCGUCGAUGCUGGGCCUUGGUGGUUCAACCCUCUCCGGUGUUCUUCCCAGUGCUUCUUUUUGCUUUUACCACAGGUUUAUGGUGGAUGAGCCGGACUGAGGUACAGUUUCUGGAGCACGACGUCAAGAGUUCAGAAGGUCAGUACAUCUCCCUGGAACGUAAAUCCAAGCACAUCGUCAGCAGUGUCAACUCACAGCAGAGGAAAGAACACGAAUAUCUUGUUAAUCACCUGGAGAUGACGACUCGGGAUAUUGACCGACUGCACACCAAUAUCUCCAACCUGUCAACUUGGCUUGGCUACAUGACAGAACUUCAGGCCAAUGUGUCCAACAUGUCUACGUGGCUUGUCCUGGCCGAGGCCAGGGACGCCAGCCUGCGCAAAGAUCAGCACAAGUUAUCUGGCAAGAUGAAUCUCAUCAGUGACCAGAUCACGCACGUUGAGGAAGACGAGGGGAAACUGUCCUCCAAACUUCGAGACCGGCUUCACGAGCUGGAAGAAGACGUGAAAGCUGUGAAGAAACAGGUGUCGUCCCUGCAGCUUGCAGGCGAAGCAGCGCGGAAUCAGUCGGAGAAGAUGCAGGAGGAAAUGACUAGAUUGGACUCGACGUUGAAGCCGGAACAGUUGCGUGUGAACCGCACGGUGCAGCAACUGCAGAAGCUGGAGAAGGAGAGUGCGGAGGCGAAUCGGUCAUGGACACUUCUUUCUGAUCAAGUUUCGGAAGUGCAGGACCACAUGCUGCCUGAUUUACGCACAGCAGUUGCGAAGCAAGCCUCGACCAUUGCCAGAUUCAAAUCGAACAUGUCGAGUUGGCAUCACGUGGAGGAGAAGUACAGCCAGAAGGGCGUGGAUGCCGAACGAAAGGUCAACAUGGUCGAGAAAGAAGUGCAGAAAUCGCUCCAGAAGACGACCGUGCGGCUGCAGCAGCUGGCAUCUUUGCAAAGGCUGGAAAAACAGCUAAGGCAGCAUCAAGUACACUUCUCUGAGCGCUUAGAGUCCAUCGAGGCGAAGCUGCAUAAGCUCAUGAAUGUGUCACAGGGCAGGUCCUCCUUCAGCGUGAAGGAGUUAAGGUACUUCAUUGGCCGAACUACAGCCCUGACAGGGGCGGAGGGUGAGGCGUUCUGGCGCCUGGCCCUCGGAAUACUUUCCUCCAGCUAUGUCCUCGACUGGUUUACUCUUCCAGCAGCCAGAUGUUGA